GCGAGCUGUCAGGUGACCUGAGUAACACACGUCCAAGUCAGAUACCUGUCAAAACAAAAUACCUCGCAUGCAUGAGAACUAGGUGGUCUGUUUUCCCAUGUUACUGCAAGCUAUCAGAAUAGUAUCAGAUACAGUGUUCGCAUUGUGCUUGUAGAUAAAGUUGGUGUCAAGUUAAUCAAAAGGCAAACGAGACGGCUGAGACAAAUUUCUGCUCAUCAUUGCUGAACUCUGUCUUUUUAUUAGGCUACUUAAAAAUAUGCUUUCAAUAAUCAAUAUCAAAACAGCUUAGACAAAAAGUGGAGUUAGUUGAUUAUUUCACACAUUUGACGAGCGGGAAAAACAACAAUUACUGUAAAUUUCGGCGAGGAAUGUCGUUGGAUGAAGUAGGCCUACAUUUCUUCUCAAUUCCAGCAGAUGGAGGAGGUAAAAUGCCACCACGCUUCCAACCACCACGAAACUGAGGGUCAGAAUCACUAGUCCCAGUCCCAGUAAGUGAGAUGUUCCUCCUUUAGACUGGUUCAGCUGGUCCCACAGCCCCACAGCGACACAACUGAAGCCGAUGAGAGUUCCCCAAAAACCAAAGGCCAGCAUACAGGAUCCACAGGACAGCUCAGCGCCCCCGGUCACCACAGUGAUGCCCGCCACUGAGACAACCCCUCUUGACAGACACUCCAGCCAUCGUCUCACCACACAGCAUAGGCCUACAGGCUUCUAACAUCAACAGAAGAGAUCAAGCAAGUGACCGAAAACAUAUUUUGAUCAAAGGAGUGCAGGGGCCUCAGAAAACUCAGGGGGCAAAUAUUUAGUUGGUCAGAACUGACGCACUAGUAAGACCUUAAAAAGCAACCACCAUGGGAAACUCCACCAGUAGCGCGUUAUCAAAGGAGAUCCUGCAGGACCUAAAGCUCAGCACCAAAUUCACUGAAAAUGAGAUCAGCCAGUGGUAUGAGAACUUUCAGAAGCAGUGCCCGACGGGACGCAUAACACCAGAGGAGUUUGAGCAGAUUUACGCCCGCUUCUUUCCCGAGAGCGAUGCCAAGAGCUACGCUCGACAUGUGUUUCGCUCCUUUGACACCAACGACGAUGGCACUUUGGAUUUCAAGGAGUACAUCAUUGCACUGCACCUGACCUCCACUGGGAAGACCACCCGGAAACUGGAGUGGGCCUUCUCGCUGUUUGAUGUAGACAAGAACGGAUACAUCACCAAGACAGAAGUGACGGAGAUCUGCCAGGCCAUAUUUAAGCUGAUCCCCAAGGAGGAGCAGGCCAAGCUACCAGCGGAUGAGAACACACCCGAGAAGAGAGCCGAAAAGCUGUGGUCUUACUUUGAAAAGAAAGACAAUGAGCGAUUGGCUGAAGGAGAGUUCAUCCAAGGAGUGAUUGAAAAUGAGAAUGCAAUGCGUCUCAUCCACUACGAACCAAUGAAAGAUUGAAGGCAUUCCUGUUUUAUCCCCUCUCCUUCUUUUCUCACAUUAGACUCUUUCCUUUCUCUUAAACUUUUAGUUUGUCCUCUUCCCCUCCCAGCCUCAGAUGCUUUCUCCUCCCUCCUCUUUACUCCCCUCGACCCCUCUGUGUAAAUACUCUUUACUGCAGCUCUCAAAAAUUUCAGUUAGUUUCAAUUAUCAUUUUCUUUGUUAUACUAAUGUUUGUCAGUGCAUUCUUAUAAAAUAGAGAUAAAAAGAGUCAAAUUCUGGCAUAGUGUUUCAAAACAUGUGCACAGCUAAAAAGAAUAUUUAUGGUGAUACAUAACAUAUAUUUGCAUAAAUAGAAUGUGUAUGAUAAACAUCAUUAACUGUUUUAAUGGUUCAAAUAAAAUUUGGGCUCUGGAGAAAUUAAUGGUAAAGGCAGUUCUAUCACCCCCAACUGUUAGCUCAUUAAAGCUUUUUUACAGAACUGGAAAUGUCUUAGUAGAGGUCAUAGAAAUGUUGUACUUUAUUCACUGUA